AUCUGCCAGGAAAGAGCCGGGAGAGGCAGCGGUGAGCAGGGGCGGGCUGUGGCCUUUGCGUCCAGUGCCCAGGUCUCCCCACUGAGAUCCAGAGCCACGUUUCCGACAGCGUCCCCUGGCUCCAGCCGCACGUCCCACAGGCAGACCAAUGAGUGAACGCAAGCUCCUGAGUUUCGGCCCCAAACCUGGCCGGCCCGAUUCUCACUGCUCUUCCCACCUCCCACUACAGCCCCUGACGAAGCCAUCAGCUUCCACCGGGGUCACCGUCCAGCCUUCUCACCCUCGUUCGCACCCGUGCCCUGAAGGCGUUCGGCCGGCAGGAAGCGCUCGCGCUCAGACACAGCCCGGCGUCCCCGGCUCACGGACGAGAGGCCGCACGAUCCACCACCGCGUGCUCUCAGCCCGGCCCUCCGUCUGCCACCGGCUCUCCCCUCACUGCCCGGGCCCCAGCUGUGCCUCGCCAAACCCACUCCCACCCCAGGGCCUGGGCAUGGGUUAUUCUCCUCCCCCAGCUGUGCUCCCCGCCGCGCUUCGUCCUAGUCUCCGUCCAGUGUCUCCCGGGAGAGGCCUUCCCUUCUAUCCCCUCGCACACAAGCCACCCCCUCUUCUGCACAGCCCCCGGUUUCGUCACGGCCCUUGCUGCCGGCAUGUAUCUGUUCACUGCCCGGGAAUUCCAGAAGACCAAGACCACUUUAAGGUUUGUUCGAGGCACGGGGGAUGCAGCAGGGCAGAGCGGACAACCCGCAGGCGGUCCCCGAAGUGCUGGCACGAACACGGCCCAGAGCUCCGGCGCCCACCAGGCGGCCUCAGAGCGCGUUAGCCUCCCACGUCCUCACUCGUCCGAAAGCCACGCCCUCAGCCUCAACUUCGCCAAACUUCACCUUCAGUGAAUUUAUAUGCAGUAAAAUGCACAAAUUUUAACUGUACGCUCUGGUGAGUAUCAGUAAAUAAAUGUCUAAAUGUCGUCCCCAUCAAGAUAGAGAAUAUUUCCAUUAUGCCAGAGAGUUCCCUGUGUUUCUCACAGGCCCAGCUUUUUAACUUCCAAGUACCCGCCUGCAAACCAAAGAUUAAGGAAAACUUCUGUCAGAACUGGAAUAUGCGUGACCUGAAGAGGACCAGUUUCAGCCCACUGGAAUCUUCUAGUCAUAGUUGUAUCCCGGUGACGGGCUGUCCUGGGUUCUAGCAGGCAGCCUUCCUGACAGCCCGUGUGGAAACCAGCAGGUGUAUUUAGAGUAGAAAACAACGGAAAUGGCCUGGAGGCCCACUCAGAGCAGAGUGGUUACAAAACAUUAUGAUCAAUGCAUUGUAAUGGCAUAUUAUGCAGCCACUGAAAACUAAGCUUUUAAAGAGGUCUUAACUGACAGAAGAGAUGCUCAUGGUAAAUAACAUUAAGAGACAGAAGAGCUGUAGAAAGACAUGUAGAUAACAUGUUAUGAGAAGUACACACACACCUGCGUGCGCGCGUGCGCGCACACAACCACACACACACACAGAGCCAAGAAAGGAACAAAGUGAAAUGUCUGCAGUUAUCUUUAGGUUAUGGGAUAAUGGGUUAAUUUGUUUUAAUCUUUAUUCUUUUCUGUAUUUUUCAACUUCACUACAAUAAAACUAUUGCUAUUAUUGUCCUAUGAAGAUCAAUAAAAUUUACCUAAUUCGGUAGAUCAAUAAAAUUUACCUAAAUUCGGAGGCUUCCAUACAUUUAGAGCUGCUCUGAGGGGGAUACUGUUAGGUCAGUUCAGGAGCAGAUGAGACCCCCAGAGCCCAGGUCGCAGCGGCACGAGGCAGAGUCACCAGAGUCCUCCCCACGGAGAGCAGCAGGAUUACAGACCAGGGGUUCCAUCUUACCUUCCUUGUC